AUGACGGAUAUUGAAAAGACGAGCAGUCCAGAGGUUGGAACUGUCGAGAAGUCAUUGGCUCCCAUCGUUGGAGCAGAUGCAGCACUUGAUUUUCUUAGACGUGAAGAGGUGGAUCGAAGCAUCGUCGAUAUUGAUGAAAAGAAGCUCGUUCGGAAGAUCGACUGGAUGGUCAUGCCAUUGAUGUUUGCUUGUUACAUUCUGCAAUAUCUUGACAAGACCCUUAUCAACUAUGCCAAUGUUAUGGGUUUGAAGGACGAUACUGGGACUACGGCUUCUCAAUUCUCGUACCUGGCUCUUGCAUUUUACGUGUCCUACUGUGUUUUCGAGAUUCCUCAGGGAUAUUUGAUGCAAAGAUUCCCGACCGCCAAAUAUUUAGGGCUUCAAGUUAUUCUUUGGGGCAUAUGUGUUGCAAUGAACUGUGCCUGCAAGAACUUUGCUUCUCUCGUUGCUCUUCGUGUCCUCCUCGGCUGUUUCGAAUCAGCUGUUGCACCGAGUUUGAUUCUCGUCACUGGCAUGUGGUACAAGAAGAGUGAACAGCCGUUCAGAAUCGGAAUAUGGUAUCUAGGAACAGGUUGCGGAACCAUCGUCGGCGCGCUCUUCUCUUAUGGCUUCCAACACUACAACGGCAAAGCAUUUAGAUCAUGGCAAAUCAUGUUUCUCGUUUGCGGCAUAGUCACGAUAGCCGCCGGAAUCUGUGUUGUUUUAUUUUUGCCUGACAAUCCAAUGAAGAGUAGACUUUCGCACGAUGAGAAAAUAUUUGCUAUCGAAAGACUGAGAGACAACAAGACGGGAGUUGAGAAUAAGACUUUCAAGGUCAAGCAAGCUAUAGAGUGUAUUAUGAGCCCUAACACAUGGCUCAUCAGCCUUUUCACUGCGUCGUCGAAUGUUUCAAACGGGGCAAUCAGCAGUUAUCAAGCUACUAUUAUCAAAGGGCUUGGAUACACGUCAAAGCAGACCGCCUUGCUUUCGAUCCCAAGUGGUGGCGUCUCCAUCGUCUCAAUCCUAUCCGCAACCUUCGUCGCAGGCCGCACGAAUAGCCGUGCUCUCAACUCCUGCGCCCUCACCAUCCCCUCCAUUAUCGGCGGCGCACUGAUGGCUUUCCUACCCAAAAAUGCGGGCGCUGGCAAGCUCGUCGGGAAUUACAUGACGAAUACCGGCGGAGCAGCACUACCGCUUAUGUACUCCCUGGCUGCCGCCAAUUAUGCAGGCCACACGAAGAAGAUAACCAUCAAUGCAAUUCUUCUCAUGAGUUUCUGUAUUGGGAAUAUCAUCGGCCCAUUGACUUUCCAGCCGGAUGGAAAGAAUCCUCCGGAGUACAUCCCCGCGAAGAUUGCCAUUAUGGCAACGGGCGCAGUCGCUGUAGUGGCGGCGUUGGCUUUGGUGACAAUGCUCUGGCGGGAGAAUCGGAGAAGAGACAUGGAGGAAGCGGCGAUGGGAGGUUAUGAUCAUGUGGUUGAUUCGGAAUUCAUGGAUAAGACCGACAAGGAGAACCCGGAGUUCAGGUACUCGUACUAG